AUGAACGAGCAACCAGCCUUACGCUGGUCAGGCUCCUUUGGAGUUCUGCCCACUACAGCUGCAUCAGUCAAGAAUUUGUCCGGAGACAAGAUUAUUCUCCCGCAGUCUGCGUUGGAACAGCUCUUAAACGCCGCGCCAUCGCAGCCGACAACAGCGUCGAGCUUCACAGCAUGGGAUCCCCACAACCCUUACCGGUCGAACGGCUUCGGUUUUGAACAGCGCCAGCAACUUCCACAACCGCUCACAUUUCGGCUCGUGAAUAGCCAGAAUGGCAAUGUUGUAUUUGCUGGUAUCCGGGAGUUUUCGGCCGAGGAGGGAACCGUGGGGCUGAGUUCGUUUCUGAUUGAGGCUCUGGGGAUUGAGCCACAGCAGCUGAAUGCAACGAAUGGAAACCGAACUUCCGAUGCCGAUGCUAUCGACCUUACCGGAGACCAUGUCCCUUCGACAACGGCCUCGAUCAAACUCACGGUUGAUGCGACAAAUAUACCAAAGGGAACAUACGUCAGGUUGAGACCGCUGGAGGCAGGGUAUAAUCCAGAUGAUUGGAAGUCACUGCUGGAACGACAUCUCCGAGAACAUUAUACAUGUCUGACCAAGAAUUCGAUUCUCUCCGUCAAUGGCGUUAAAGGGGAAACCUUUAAGUUUCUGGUAGACAGGCUUUCGCCAGAAGGAGACGGAAUUUGCGUCGUUGAUACUGAUUUAGAAGUGGAUAUUGAGGCGCUCAACGAAGAGCAGGCUCGAGAAACGAUGCGACAGAUCAUGACCAAGGCUCAAACUGAGGUAGUCGGUGGUGUGUCAAAAGGCGGGGAUCUCGACAUAUGGAAAGAUGUCUCGGGACACGUAUCGCCAGGUGGAUACGUAGACUACAUAUUGCCAUCUUGGGAUCGAUCACAGCCUCUGACCAUUACUCUCAGUGGUAUAGAACAAGAAGAUGGUGUGGAUCUCUUUGUCACGCCAAAGUCGUCUCGGCAGCGAGUACUACCCAGAGAUUCAGCCCAUGUUUUUGGCGACUUUUCUCCCGCCGAGGAUGGAGUCAAAUCCAUCACCAUGUCACCUACGAACGUGGAAAUGGAAGGGGCAGAAGCAAUACUAGUCUCUGUCCAUGGGUUUUCCUCUGAAAACCAGCGAACGAGCCAGCCAAUCCCAUUCACUGUCCGAGCCAAGGUCGGAUCGCCAACAAGCAAGGCUGGACAGGAUCGUAUGGAAGUCGACGGGGAGGAGCACUCGUCUGAUGAGGAGCAGUGCUCUAAUUGCAAGCAGUGGGUUCCCAAGCGUACAAUGGCUCUACACGAGAACUUUUGCCGGAGGAACAACAUCCCGUGCCCUUACUGCUCUGCCGUCUUCAAAAAAGACUCAAACGAGUGGCAUUCGCACUGGCAUUGCGAACACGACUCGGCCAAGGGCAACUCGGCUGCCAGCAAAUCAAAGCACGACAUGAUAUUCCACCAACACCACCCCUGUCAGGAUUGUGAGUUUACAACAAACUCACUAGCGGAUCUAGCCAGGCAUCGAACUUCGGUAUGCCCCGGGAAGCUCAUCCUAUGUCGGUUCUGCCACCUCGAAGUUCCGCAAGAGGGCGACCCCUUCAACCCUUCACCAGAAGUUGUCUUAUCCGGUCUCACGGCCCACGAACUCGCUGAUGGUGCCCGUACCACUGAGUGCCAUUUGUGCGACAAGAUUGUGCGACUCCGCGACAUGGAAACGCACAUGAAGCAUCACGAGCUCGACAAGGUGAGCCGAGCAAAGCCAGAGAUAUGCCGCAACGUAAACUGCGGCCGAACACUGCACGGGGUAGGACCAAGAGGACAAAUCGGUGCCGGGACGUCACAAGGUCAAGGUCCCGGGAACGACAUUGGGCUCUGUUCCCUCUGUUUUGGUCCCUUGUACGUGAGCAUGCACGACCCAGAGGGCAAGGCUCUGAGACGGAGAAUAGAGAGGAAGUACCUGGGACAGAUGAUGACUGGUUGUGGCAAGUCGCACUGCGCAAACGAGUGGUGCAGGACUGGCCGAAAGAAUACCAACGCAGAAGCAAAGGGUUCUUCGGCGUCAGCUGUGUUGCCCUUGGUGAAGCCCCUGUUGGCAAUGGUUGGAACCCCAGAUGGGCACAUGUACUUUUGUGUGGAUGAGACGAACCAGAAGAGACGCAAGAUUGCGGAAAUGUUGGCAGCGGAGAAGCUUUGGGAUCUGGAGUGGUGCGUGGCUGCGGCGGAGGCAGAGAAGGGGAAUAUCGAUCGGAUGAGGGACUGGUUGCAGGCUUGGGCGCCGAGGAGCUGA